AUCUGACAGCUCGGCAAUAUGGCACAGGAUCUACGCUCCCAGGAUAUCAAAAACCCAAUUGACGUUGCAGAGUACCUCUUCCGUCGACUUCAACAAGUUGGAGUCGAGUCAGUGCACGGUGUGCCAGGAGACUACAACCUCGUCGCACUCGACUACAUUCCCAAAGUCGGCCUGAAAUGGGUCGGCAACUGCAAUGAGCUCAAUGCUGGCUACGCGGCAGAUGGCUACGCAAGAGUCAAGGGCAUCUCUGCACUGGUCACGACUUUUGGUGUUGGAGAACUCUCGGCAGUCAAUGCUAUCGCUGGCGCUUACUCCGAAUACGUACCCAUAGUCCACAUCGUCGGCUAUCCAUCGACUGCAUCACAGAAGAACGGAGCACUGCUACACCACACUCUUGGAAAUGGCGACUUUACUGUUUUCUCGAGGAUGUCCAAGGAAAUCUCAUGUGCUGUUUCCAUGCUGAACAGCCAACACGAAGCAGCCAUGCUCAUCGACAACGCCAUCCGGGAAUGUUACCUAAAGUCGAGGCCCGUCUACAUAUCUUUGCCUAGCGAUAUGGUGACGAAGAAAGUCGAUGGCGAUCGCCUCAACACACCACUGGAUCUGGAAUAUCCACAGAAUGACCAAGAAGCCGAAGACUAUGUUGUAGAUGUGGUCUUGAAAUAUCUACAUGCAGCAAAGAACCCUGUCAUCCUUGUGGAUGCAUGUGCUAUCCGCCACCGAGCGUUGAAGGAAACUCACGACCUCAUCAAAAAAUCAGGCAUCCCUACAUUUGUUGCACCAAUGGGAAAGGGCGCAGUGGAUGAGACGCUACCCAACUAUGGUGGUGUAUACGCCGGAGACGGUUCCAACGCUGGUGUGCGGGAACGCGUUGAGUCGUCGGAUCUUGUUCUCAGCAUUGGUGCUAUCAAAUCCGACUUCAAUACUGCAGGCUUCACCAUUCGCAUGUCUCAGCUGACCACUAUCGAUCUACACAGCUACGGAUGCAAGGUACGCUACUCGGAAUACCCGGGUGUAAGAAUGAACGGCGUUCUCUCCAAGGUUACAGCAAAGCUAGGAAAGCUCAACAUUGAGUCCGGACCUAACCCAAACAACAACAUUCCAGAGAAGGAGACCGCAUCUACUGAGUCGUCGAUCAAGCAUGCCUGGUUUUGGCCAAAACUCGGUCAAUGGCUGAAGAAGGACGACAUCCUCAUUACCGAGACUGGCACCUCUAACUUCGGUGUCUGGGAAACUCGCUUCCCAACAGGCGUCAACGCCAUCUCACAAGUCCUCUGGGGCUCUAUCGGAUACGCAACUGGCUCCUGUCAAGGUGCUGCUCUUGCCGCCAAAGAAUCAAACAUCAAGCGCACUAUACUCUUUACAGGUGACGGCUCUUUCCAACUUACAGCACAAGAGGUCUCGACUAUGAUCCGCAACAAGCUGGCUCCUAUCAUUUUUGUGAUCUGCAACAAGGGUUAUACAAUUGAACGGCUCAUCCAUGGAUGGGAGGACUCCUACAACGACGUUCAGGAAUGGAAAUACAAGGACAUUCCCCGUGUCUUUGGUGCCGAAGAAGGCAGUGUCCUUACAUACCGGGUCGAGACAAGGGAGGAAGUUGAGAAGCUGUUCCAGGACGAAGAGUUUUCUAGUGGUGAGACGCAGAAGAUGCGGUUCGUCGAGUUGGUCAUGCCGUGGGAUGAUGCACCGGCUGCGCUCAAGGCGGUUGCUGAGGCUGCGGCUAAGACGAAUGCUAGUGCUGAGUAGACGGUAUAAGGAGGGGUUUGCAACUAAUAGAUGGUGUCAGGAAAAGACUUGGAUAUAGGAUAUGGCAUUAGGCACGGUUCUCUUCUCUUCGUAUGAAUAAUGACAAUAUAGCCCUACUCAAAUAUAAUCUUACAUACG